AGCUAAACACAUUCUCCUCAAAGUCGUUAAAUCCAGCGGUCACAUCACACCUCUCAGGAUUUUAUUUAUUUUUACAGUAUCUUUCUGUUUUCUAGUUUUCUUUUGUUGUUAUUGAUUUGUUGGUUUUCACCGAUGGCUAAUGAAUCCGGUGUUCUUCAUUCACUAAUGCUGAUCUUCAUAACCUGGAGGGGGAGCAUGCGCUGCUGUGCAACCACAGUGGAUCCCCCUGAGGAUCUGGCGGUAUUGGACUCUGGUCUCCUCGGACAAAUGCAGAUUACUUGGAGUCCACCAAGCAGCCUGACGAAAAUGACAAAGUGCCUUCAUCAGUACCAGCUGGAGUUUUUCAACACGUACAAGAACUACUGGGAGAUUCUCAGAACCCCGAGGAGGACCCACAGCGCCCAGUUUGACCCGUCCAAAGACGUCCAUAUAAGAGUUUACACCAUUCUGAAUGGAGAGUGCACCAACAACACGAUGAUCAUGAGCAAAAACUGCACGGAGCUGAUUCUGAAGCCUCCCAGCACAGGAGUUUUGGAUACAGAAGCCAAAGCGUUUAUUUGCGUGUACUAUAAUAUGGAGAAGCUGGAGUGCAGCUGGACACGCAGCCUGCAGACGCCACCCAGCGCCCUGCAGACUCUCUAUUUCUGGCAUAAGCCCCUGGAUCAGGCAGUUGAAUGCCCCAGCUACAUUGUGUCAGGUGGAGUUCGGAAGGGCUGCAACUUCCCAGGAAAAUCUCUUCCUGAAUUCACUGACAUCUACUUCUGUGUAAACGGCUCCUCCCAUGAAGGGCCCCUGAAGGCAACAUUCGUCUCUCUGCAGAUUCAAAACCAAGUGAAGGUUGCAGCUCCAGAUAAGCUGCAUCUGCAAACGAGUUCUGACACGGAGUUGGAGUUUCACUGGGAGAAUCCCGCUGGGAGGCUUCCUGCCCACUGCCUUGAGUGGGAAGUGAGACAUCAUCAUGUGGGGGCUGAUGGAAAAAUAUCUCUGAACGACAUUCACACCGAGAAGCCUCGCUUGACUCUGCCUUUCAACAACAGCAAUGAGAGAAACUGCUUCAAGGUUCGGUCCAGACUGAACUUUUACUGUGUGGACCAAAGCUUCUGGAGUGAUUGGAGCCAUGAAACUUGCCAUCCAGAUUUGGAUAACAGACAAACCCCUCUGGGACCAGAAAUGAACUCUGUGUCCAUCUACAUCUACAUUGCUGUUGUCAUCAUUGUCUCCCUGGUGGUGUGUCUGUGUGUGUGGGCAGCAGUCAGCAUGAGGAAAUCAGGACCACAGAGCAAAGUGGACUCUCUGCUUCCCAAGUUGCUGACCAACAACUUGACUCAGAGAGUUUCAAAGAUCUACAGUGGCAAGAAAAUCUGCACUGAUGUUGUCAUUUAAAAACAUUUCAGAACUCGUCUCUUUUUUGUUCAUUGCACUUCUACUUAAGUUUUGACGCUGCCUGUCCAGAUAAGUUUAUUGCUGUGCUACGCUGUACAGUGUUCUUUUUACAAAACUGUCUAACAUUCAACAGAUAUGUUAAGCAGAACAAGGAAGCUAUUUUAUAGGGAAAUUAAAAAAAAAAUCAAGAGUUUUCGGUUUAGUGUUUAUUUUUUUUUGUCAAAACUGGAGGAUUAAACGAGCUGAAGUUACUUAACCAAGAUGUUUUACAGUUUGCCACAUGUCUUGCCAAGUGAUUUACUUAAUAGAAGUUGCAAAAUUGUUGCGUAUUGUAUAUCCAUGUACAUUUAUGUAUUUUAUCAAUGUAUUUACUUGUUUAAUAUGGGCCUCAAAUCUUGCCAGAAACCUGAUAAAACAAGUGAUUUUUUAUGUAACAAAAAAUAAAAGAAACGUGAUGUUAAUGUGUUCAAAAUGUAUUUGUAACCAUCUCUGUUGCACACUUUGAACCAGAGAAGUUUUUAUUCACCAGCCUAGUAUUUCUAUUGCAACUCAAAGUGUAACAUGACCAGAAGAAAUGAGUGUGUAAGUGUUUUAAUGCCACAAACUUUGCCAUUUUUGGGGAAUUGACCCCAGUAGGACUUUUGCCAUGGUUGCUUUAUUCCAAUACAAGCAGACAUGUUUGGUACCUUGACAGUAAGAGUUAAAAAUCACCGCACUCCCUUUGCCUCCUGGUUUCAUUUGAAUUUUAAUGUUACUUUAUGGCUCUAAUAACCUGAAAAUGUAAAUAGAAGUAUAGAUCUAAUGGAUGUAGGCCUUCAUAUACACAGCAUAUCUUAGUUUGUUGCAUAUUCAAAUUGUGGGGAUGAAUUGUUUGUUUCUAUGUUUAUCAAUUUAGCACUAAAACAAGGAGAUUUUAUUUAUGCUCCUAUACUACCUUUUACGAAUGUAUUUUUUCAUGUUUGUUUUUUGUUGGACAUACAUUUUCAGAUGUGAAACAUUUUAGGUUUUGUUCAACAAAUAAAAUUGAGUUAAAAUAA